ACAGCCAAUCAGCGCACAGGAACGCUGAGCACACAGAUUGCAAACACGGAAAUACAGUAAGGGAAGGAGGGCGUCACAGCGUACUUAUAUCUAAUCUGUAACUCAAUACAAUUCAAGCAUACUCGAUUAAAAGCACAAGUUGCAUGGAAUUUACGAAACCGGGUGGUCUUCUAGAUAUUUCUUCCCAGUCUAUGGAUCCGUUGCAGUUUCUGUCAUGGGCCUGCAUCGUGUUUACAGUCGGGAUGUUCUCGACUGGACUGACCGACCUAAAGAAGAUGCGAGAGUCCAAAAGUGCUGACAAUAUCCAGUUUCUACCUUUCCUCACUACGUGUCUUAAUAACUUGGGCUGGUUGUACUAUGGUAUUCUGAAGAAAGACCAAACGAUCAUCCUGGUCAACGUAAUAGGAGCCCUGCUGCAGAUCCUCUACAUUGCCGUAUACCUCUAUUACACCAAACAGAAGAGGCUGGUGAUGUUCCAGACGUUGGUAGCAGGUGGGGUGCUGACCUGCGGUUGGUUCUACUUCACCAUGUACCUUCCUGAAGGAGAAACUCGGCUCAGCCAGCUUGGUCUCACAUGCAGCGUGGUCACCGUCAGCAUGUACAUGUCUCCACUCAUAGACCUGGUCGAGAUAGUGCGUCGUGGGGAUGUCCAGUGCUUAUCCUUCCCUCUGACUGUAGCCACCUUCUUCACUUCAACCUCCUGGGUCCUGUACGGCCUCCAGCUGAACGACAACUAUAUUGUGGUGCCAAACACGCCUGGAAUCUUCACCAGCCUCAUCAGGUUUUAUCUGUUUAGAAGAUUUGCGUCUGUCAAUCAAAGCUCACCUUCCUAUAAGUCUAUGCAGAUGUAAGGAUAUAAAGUGGAGAUGACAGACGUCAGAGGGCGGCAGCACAGCUCUCCAAUCACUGCUCUGGUAGUUUUUGAUUCAGACAGAGAGACAGAGUUUCAUGGGAAUAAUUUAACACUAUGGAAAUGUUACAUUAAGGGGAAACAUAUGAAACCCUUGAUUGAGUUUACCAUUUUUUUUUAUCGUAGUUUAUGUUAAAACAGUCUCCACUCCAUGACCUUAAAGUGCCUUCUGUUUGAACAUGUUAGCCAUUAAAAAUCAAUGGCCAACAUGUCAGCAGACUUGAUUGUUUCACAGUUGUUGUUACUUGUGGAUUGUGGCUGCUAUUUUGAUAUCAAUCAUUCAUAAUUUCUCAUGUCCCUGAUGCUCAUUUGCUGAGUAGUAAAGUAUAGAGUCCCACAUAUUUCAUAUCAUUCUAGUAGGGCAAUGAUUAUAUCUCUUGAGAAGCGGUACUUGUGUUUUUCACAAUGCAUAUAUAAUAAUGGGUCAUAUCAAUUACAGUAAAUAAAUAUAGCUCAGAAUUGUUUUGCAUAUAUUUUACGUGUAUUUGAUACAGAAUAUUUAAAUUGGCUUAUGUCCAAUAUCAAAUAUUGUCUACCUAUAUUGUUAUCACUAUUUUUAUAAGCCCUUGUGUAUGGAAUUUAAUAAAAUUAGAAAAGAGAUGAAAACCUUAAUAUUUGUUUACAUAAAAUAAUGAUUAUUUUUCUGGUGGCUGGUUGUUUCAUCAUUGUCUGUAAUAAAGUCAUAUAGUAUACAUUUUAAACAGCUUAGUGUGUGUAAGCUGGAUAAGGAUGUUGACUCUUUAAAGGUGCCGUGUAAAUAAAUUUUUACCUCAACUGUGAAA